AUGGAGCAGCUCCAACACUUUAGUCACCAGCAUCUUCUCAGCCUGAUCCAUAUACAGCCUCCCCGGAGCAUUGAAAACUCAGACAAGGAAUACGAAGAUGAUCAAGAUCCAGAUCAAGAUCAAGAUCAAGAUCAUGAUUAUGAUCAUCAAGAUAAAGACGAUUUUGUGGUGAAAGACUACCAUGUUGGCAAAUGCAAGAUGUGCAAGGAAGAUAUCUAUCCGUUUCAUUUAUGUUACUACUCCUGUAAGGAUUGUGACUACUUCCUUCACAAAUUUUGUGCAGAACUUCCCACAACCCUACAAGACCACCCUUUACAUCCGGGCCACAAUCUUACAUUGUCUGAGAGAUUUCAGUUUCAUGAUCCUGAUGGAUUCAAGGAUUCUGUUACGAAUGAUAGAGUGUGGGACUGUGCUAUUUGCAAGAUGGUUCGAGAAAGGUUCUAUAAUUACCAUUGUUCCAUAUGUAAUUUCACCAUGGACAUAAUUUGUUCUACUAUUACUGAACAGAAGAUGGACCACCCAAGUCACCCUCACCAACUACUUCGUUGUUUCAGUCGGAUAAUAUCUUCGUGCCAUGCUUGUGGUAAUGAACAUAGUGGGACCUUCUACCAUUGUACCACUUGCUCUUGGUUCAAGAUCCACUUGGAUUGUGCUUUGCUUCCAACCAAGUUACUUAUCCAACAAUAUACAAAUGAGAGUUUCAGUCAUGAGCAUUUACUUACCCUUGCUUAUUCUUUUCCUCAUGUUGAGAAAAAAGCAAAAUUCUAUCCCUCUUGCAGAGUUUGUGGUGUUGCUUUCAAUUCUUACAAAUGGCAUUACAGAUGUACUAAAUGCCAAUAUUACGUCCAUGUCCAAUGUGCGACUUCCAUGAGUGAGGCAUUUAUGUCUAUCCUAAUGCGUGCAGGCUUUGGCAAAACAACUAAAAAUUUCAAAGACGAAGACCAUCCUAAUUUAAUCAAAUGUCCAUUUCCUGAUGAAAGUUUCAACCUUUUGAAGAACCUUUUUAUCAACAAAGGCGAGUUUACUUUUAAAAGACAAAUUGAUGGUGAUAUGUUCAACCAUAAAGACCCGCUGAUUCUUUUGGACACACAAGCAUCACUCUUCAACAAAAUUGUUUCUCUACAUGACCCCAUGCGAAAGGUUGAGCUUUUGUGCGACGGAUGUGUGAGACCAAUCAUGGAUUUGCCCUUUUACAAGUGUUCUGAACAUCAUUGUGACUUUGUUCUUCAUGAGUGGUGCACUAGGCUACCCUCUGAAAUACAAGACCAACCUGACCAUCCAAAGCAUACACUAGUUCUCCUACCAAAGAUGCCUACAAAUUUCUUAGGUUUCUUUAAGUGUCAAAUUUGCAAGAAAUAUUCCAAUGGUUUCGCAUAUGGAUGCGUUCAGUGUGAUUAUUAUGUGGAUAUCAAUUGUGCCUUCAUACCCGAUGUAAUCACGCACGAUGCUCACCCUGAUCAUCUCCUCCGAAGAUUCAAAUGUCCGCUGGCAGAUAUAACUGAUAUGUAUUGCAGGGCAUGUAAAGAUACAUUAAAUGAGUUGUGGAGCUUUCAUUGUCCCACAUGUGACUUUUAUGUGCACAUAGAGUGUGCUUUGUUUAUACCUAGAACGAUUAGGCACAAGUACGAUAAACAUCCACUGCUUCUAAGAUACAAUCCAGUUGAGAACCUUAGUGGUGAAUACUUUUGUGAGAUUUGUGAGGAUGCAUUUGACCCAGAGCUGUGGUUCUAUCAUUGUGGCAUUUGUGCUUCAUCCAUGCACACCGCUUGUGCGCCACUAAUACUGCAAUGUGAGCAAUCCACAUCUUCUGAGUUUACUUAUCCUGAUUCUAUCUUCAAGUUUAUCAAUGUCAAAUUUGGAGGAACACAUGAGAUCAAAGAUCACCCGCACCCCGUCACGUUUGUACAGGGUAUUAACGCUGAUGGCUCGUGCACUACAUGUGAUGAAGAACUGCAGUAUGAUGCGAUCUUUAAGUGCUUAGAGUGCAACUUUGUAUGUCAUAUUUCGUGUGCAGGAGUGUUGUUGUCCUCAGAUGGCGGCACCGACAGUGAUGCGUCUUCGGAUGGCAACACCAACAGUGAUGCGUCCUCGGAUGGCAGCACCGACAGUGAUGCGUCCUCGGAUGGCAGCACCGACAAUGAUGCGUCCUCGGAUGGCAGCACCGACAAUGAUGCAUCCUCGGAUGGCAGCACCGACAAUGAUGCACCCUUGGAUGGCAGCACCGACAAUGAUGCUUAAUUCCUCCAACCUAUAUAUGCAUGUACACACCUUCAAAUACUUUUUCUUAUUAAUAAAAAGCCUUAUAAACAAAAGGCAAAGGGGCUGUAAAUGUAGCAACAAACGAUCCCAAUUAAUCUAACUUCUGAUAUCAAAUAUAAAACA